AGACUGCAGCGACAUGAUCUCCAGUAUAAAAGCCAUGAAGAUCCUGAAGCGAGUCGGAGGGUCGAAGGGCAUGUGGACCAAAGACACCAGCGGCGCCWCGGGGAAGGUCUUCGUCUUCAACGGGACAGCCGAGGACACCAUCAACGAGUUUGCUACUGUCAAAGACUUCACCCGCUCGCAGGGCUUCUCUCUGUCCACCRACGUGAAGCUCCCAUCGGCCUGGAGGGGAACGGGUCACGUGGUCUACAACAACCACGUGUACUACAUAACCCAGGCCGAGGAGAUAAUGGUGGUCAAAUACGACCUGAGGAAUAAGUCGGUUACAGACAGCGUGGUGUUUCCAGAGCAGGACCACAUCCCCGUGUACGGCCUGAACCCCAACACGCUCAUAGACCUGGCCGUGGACGAAGAGGGCCUGUGGGCCAUUUACGCCACGCAGCAGAAYGAGAGGCACAUCUCUCUGGUGAAAAUGGACAGCAACUCGUUGGAUGUCGAGCAGAUGUGGGAAACGAACUGUCCGAGGGAGAAUGCCGAGGUGGGCUUCGUCAUCUGCGGCACCCUGUAUGUGGUCUACAACACCAUGCAGCCCGGGCGCUCCCGAGUGCAGUGCGUGUUUGACGUGAACGACAUGGUGACGAAUGAAGAGGCGCCUCUGGUUUACUUCCCAAAACGCUACGGAUCUCACUCCAGUCUGAAGUACAACCCGCAGGAGCAGCUGCUGUACGCCUGGGAUGACGGCUACCAGAUCCUCUACAAACUUAUCAUGAAACAGAAGUUAGAAAUUUGAGCUGAACGACACCAAACCAGGCCUGAUUUAUAUUUUGAUGUUUUUUUGUUUUGUUUUGUUUUUACUAUAUUCACAUGUGUGGCAUCUGUUCUAUUUCAGUUAAAACCCAAAACAGAAUUUAAAAUCCACCGUAGAUUUCACACAAGAACAAAAAUGAUGCAACAAUAAAGGAAUAAUCUGGUCAUUUUUGAAGURAUAAAUGGAUCAGGGUUGCCAGGUAUGUGAUUAUUAYCGCAUUUAUAGGAUAGUUUUAGGGUCUGUGUAAUAUACAGAAAAUCCAAAUAUACAAUAGCUUUUUGUUGCAUCAAAUUAAACAAAUCUCAUUUUGAGAUGAAACAUAAACACCCACAUGUCACCAGAAMGUCUGAUUCAAACACCUGUGCCAGGUGCACAUGUUCACCCAGUCACCAGACYAUACCUUAAGACAACAACACAUCUUAAUAAUGUAACUUAUUUAAAAUGUUAUUAUUUUUAGAAWUCCAAAUGUCACCAGAUUAACGCCCUCAGCAGUCAUUACAAACAACUUUAAACAUUAGGAUUUGCUGCUCCAACGUCUUGCAUGGACUUCCAUUCAUUUAAUUUCUAUAGCCUAACUCUGACCUUUAAACCUAAACCAGUACCCCACCACCCAAAAUCGGCAUCCGUACCCGCUGGGUCCAGGCUUUGGUUCCCAUAAGGAGCAUUGGRUCCCCACAAAAAAUGGACCCCGUGAUGUAGCAGAAACACAUCCACACACACAUUUCACAUUAAAAUAAGAAGUGUGUGAACGUCUAUUUAAUUGGCUUUUAACCAAAUGCAUUUCUUUAUAUCUACACAUAUCCCUUUGUUUAAUUGUGCUCGUUUUAUUUUGUUUGUUAAUUUUGAAAAACAAAUCUUAGCUACACCUGUCAACAGUUGAACUAUCUUGCUCCGCUACACCUGGUUGGAGUUAUGAACACUUCUCCCUGUAAGAUUCAUGAGCAUUGACUGUCUGUGUUUGUAAAUAAAGCAUCUGCUUACGCACGAGUCUGCUGAGACAAAUGGAUUACUACAAGUUUGUUCAGUGUGACCACUUAUAAAGUUGCAUCUUUAUGUGUAUUUGUUAUCAAACUGAAGGAUUUUGGACAUAGAAAAUUAGAUUUUUUUUUUGUCAACCCUGUCAGAAUUGAAAUCAAUUUCUCCAAACUGCGGACAUUAAAAGCAAUCUACAACAGGUAAGAUAUUGAUAGUUUCUUUACUCUCCACAGCCCCCAGUUCAAAUGAUUCUAUUGCUUUAUAUAUUUAUUUUUUGCUAAGUGUGACAAUUAAUUUAACAAUGUUUAACUUAAAGACAUCAUCAAAGACASUCAUGAGAAGUAGUACAAUUGUUUUUCUUCAAAAUCAAUUAUUAAAAUGUUUUUAUCAGUAA